AUGCCAUCCUCUAGUAUAACGGUGUCCGCUCAGGCGGACGGUAUCCCAAAUGACUCCUUUGUUACUCGAUGCCUGCAAAAUAUAGAUGAAAAGCAGGACAUUGCGGCACAAGAGAGGGUCAUUCGACAAGUAGGUGCUGGGAUAUUCAUCGGCGGCACGGAUACAACCGUCUCGACACUUGACACGUUUAUCCUCGCGAUGGUCAUGCAUCCUGAGGUCCAAGCACGAGCACAGAAGGAGAUCGACGCUGUGUUAGGAGGGAAUAGGUUACCCCUGUAUGAGGACGACGAGCGUUUACCGUAUAUCGCUGCCAUCCUUCGGGAAGUAUUGAGAUGGCAACCCAGUACCCCUCUGGCCAUUCCUCACUUCACUACCGCUGACGACGAGUACAGAGGGUACGCUAUCCCGAAGGGUUCUAUAGCCAUGGGAAAUGCAUGGGCAAUGCUACACGACGAGCAGAAGUACCCCGACCCCUUCGCCUUCAAGCCCGAACGAUGGCUCACCGAAGAUGGCAAACUCAACCCCGACCUAAGGGAGCCGUCCGCUAUUUUUGGCUUCGGUAGACGUGCCUGCGUAGGUCGGCAUCUGGCCUUCCCGAUCAUAUGGAUGGCCGCCACCUCCAUCCUGUCUGUGCUAAAUUUGAAGAAGGCACUGGAUGCGGAUGGGAAGCCCAUUGAACCAUCAACUGAGUAUGUUUCUGCUAUUGUUCGCCACGCUCCACCUUUCAAAUGCGUAAUCGAACCGCGAUCAGAGAAGGCCGAGAAACUUAUUCGUGAACUAGUUGCUUAG